AUGGACAAACUCCUCGAGCCACUGGGCCACCAAGCGUCGUUAGGGCUGACGCUGGCCUACUUUCACCACUUCAUCGACAUCCACGGCGGCCGCGACGCGUUUGAAAGCUUGGCCACCAUCGACGUCUGCGCUCAAUUCGUUGUGCCAUGCACCAGUGUGUCGAGACUGUCCUUGGUGGACCAGGUUGAGCGCGACGGCGACAGCGACUACGUCAAACCUGCAGAGUGGCUGAUUAGCCAUGCAUGGUCGUACAAGUUUUUGGAUGUCGUCGACGCCAUGGACAACUUCUGCGACGAACAAGGGCUCAGCCACGACACUUCGUUUUGGUUUUGCAUGUUUGCCAACAACCAGCACACGAUUGGCAGUCCGUCCGAGAUGGUGGAGCGGUGGCUAGCGGCCUUUCGCACGGCGCUCACGGACACGGGGAAGAUCGUGAUGGUGUUGGUUCCGUGGCGGGACCCAGAAGCCCUCAAGCGCACGUGGUGUGUGUACGAAGUGUACUUGUCGGUCGUUCUCAAUGCUCGCUUCGAAGUGGCCAUGACCAAAGCGCAAAAGCGCGUGUUUCUUGGCGAAGUGCAGCACCGGUCGAGCGAGGUGUUGCAAAUGAUGAGCCAAGUAAGCAGCAAGCACUCGAUCACGACGAUUGCGAGUGAUCGCGACCACAUUUUCGGCCUCAUCGAAGCGCAAGUCGGGUUUGACGAGUUGGACCGUAUGGUGUUUAACACGCUACAUACGUGGGUGUUCCACGCGUUCGACAGCCAACGGUCUAUCGCGAUGCAGCCCCGAGAACGGUUUGAUUGGUUGCGCUCCAAAGCCAGCGCUUUGAUUACCCUCGGAUCGUUAACCCAAGCCGAAGUGUUGCUGGACAAAGCCGUCGACAUCUUCCGACGAGACCUCCCUCCCGCGACGCCGGAAGGCUGGGAAGCCAUGGUUGAUCUGGGCCAAAUGCGGGCCCUCAAACGAUUCCCUAGCGAUACAUGGGUGCCGCUGUUUGUCGAGGGCUUGCCCAAACUGCAGCAGCUCCUGGGGCCCCACCACCCCACGACGCUGGACUCGACCAAGAACAUUGGCAGAUGGUACUGCCGUAACCACAUGUACGACCGCGGCAUGCCGUUGCUGCGCACGUGCCUGUCGAUCGAGCAGCAGAAGAUGGGGGACGACGCCGAGGCCAUGGUAUUGGAAACGAAGUAUUGCCUCGGGGAAGCGCUGUACGUGCAAGAUCAAGUCGUCGAAGCGCAAGCGCUGUUUGCCCAAGUGUACGAAGGGAUGUGUCGAUUGUUUGGUCCAGCGCACCCCCUGUCGAAGGGCGCCCAAAGCAACUUUGCCACGUGCGCCACCGCGCAAGGCCAGUACGCGGCCGCCGAAGCCACGUACUUGGAUUGUUUCUACGAAAUGACGCGAAUGCAUGGCGUAGCUCACCGGCAAACGGUCAGCACGCAGCUCAACCUGGGCCGGACGCAACGGCUUCGAGGGAACUUCGACCUCGCCAAGGCGAACCUGUCGCUUUGCAUCGACAAUUACCGCGACGCAGAUGUGCCAGAAAUUAAUUAUCUAUGUCAGUAUGAACUGGGCCUGGUGGCGUACUGCACAGCCAAGUACGAUGACGCCAUGUCCAUCUUGCAAGACUCGUACGCGACGUUUGCGUUGCAUUUCGGACCCACGGCCCCAAAGUGCUGCGGCGUACUCUUGGUGUGGUUCCUGGUGCAGAGUGAACAACCGGGCGACCGAGCCUUUUCCACGGUGGACAGCGUGGACGAGUUUCUGUCCAAAUUCCAAGCCGCCAACGCCAUGGCCACCAACUUGUGGAGCAACUGGAAGUGCCUCGCCUGCUUUGGCGUCAUUCGGGGCAAUAUGGCCAUGUGCAUGGACUGCCCUCGGCUGUCGUGCCGCCUCUGUCAGUCCUGCGCUACCCAAGCCAAGCCAUCGUUCGAGCAGUGUGCGCACAGCGACAGCUCAUGGAAAACGUUCAACCCCCCAGUGCAAUAUUUGCUCGAACAAAAACUCGCCCUGCUAGCCCAAGCCGACGACUGGGACGAAUACGCCAUAGCCGCCAACGCGUAUCGUGCGUAUUGCCGCGAGUGUCAAAUCGACACUCCCUAUCUGCUGGUUGAAGUGAAGCCAAAGCUACGAGGUAACGACACGGCUGGGUCGAGUGCCGUUGGUGGGGCUGUUGCAGUGCUUGUGGCUGUGCUGGUUGCUGGGCUGACUAAAUAUCGUUUUCGCACAUUCGUGGCCUAG